CAAGAACUAGAUCAGAGCCAUGUAUCUUCCCAAGCAACCCACUGGAGGAAGCACAGCAAUCUCAGGGGAAGAUGAUUGCAUCGUAGAAAUCUCAAGGGCAGAUGAAGAUUCCAAAAUACUUCUGAGAAAUUCAGCAGCUCACCAAUCUUGUUGCAUCUUUAGAAUCCCUCACACUCUCGUCCAAUCCAAUGAGACAGCUUACAAACCGAAGAUUGUCUCGAUCGGUCCUUAUCACCACGAUGACCGUAAAUCCGAUAAAGCCAAAAAAUCACGUUUUCAGAUGAUCCAGCAGCACAAACAACGAUAUCUUGAUAUCUUCUUGUCCAAGACUACUAAAAAGGGCGUGGGUUUAGAAGACUUGCAAAAGGUGGUCUGGAAAAAGGAACAUCUCCUACGAGAUUCGUAUUCCGAGGAACUACAACUUAAUCAAGUAGAGCUGAUCGAUCUGAUGGUUCUUGAUGGUUGCUUCAUCCUUAUGUUGUUUCUCUUGGUUUCACGUAAGGUUCCACAUAAAACAUUUGAGGAUCCAAUCUUCAUGUUGCGGUGGAUUUUACCGACUCUACGAAGUGAUCUCCUCCUCCUUGAAAACCAGGUUCCGCUUUUCCUUCUUCGAGAUCUUUUUGAGACAUCAAAGUUAGCUACUAAAACUAGCUUAAACGAGAUGAUCUUCAACUUCUUUGGCUAUGCGAUAAAAAGGCCACAAAAAUUUUGGGAUGAAAGAAUGAAUCUUGAUGCAAGCCAUCUUCUUGAUCUCAUCCGUAAGACUUUCGUACCCGAUCAAUCGAAAAAAGACGAAGGAGAAAGGUGGACCAAUAUGUUCUACGGUUCCAGAUGCUUCAAUGUGUUAAGUCCUUCCAAAAAUAAAGUUCAAAGGGAGACAUCCACACCACCACCAAUAGAAACAAAAACACCACCACCAGCACCACCACCACCAACACUAACACAACCACAUCCAAAACUACCAACACCGCCUCAUCGCCGUUUCCUCAAGUUGGUUGUCUCAGCCAGAAAACUUCGACUCCGAGGAAUAAAAUUCCAACAAAAGAAGAAUUCUGAGACACCUCUUGACAUAACUCUCAAGAAUGGUGUACUUGAAAUACCGCCACUACUAUUCGAUGACUUUUUCAGUUCUCUUUUAAUCAACUGCGUCGCCUUUGAGCAAUUUAACGUGCAAGGCACAACUGAAAUGACGAGCUAUGUUACUUUCAUGGGCUGCCUCAUAAAUACUGCAGAUGAUGCAACGUUCUUAAGCGAGAAAGGUAUUAUAGAAAACUAUUUUGGAACGGGAGAACAGUUAUCUGUGUUCUUCAAGAAUACAGGUAAAGACAUUGUGUUCACAAUAUCCAAGAGUUACUUGGCAAAUGUGUUCGAGGGAGUCAACAAGUACACUUCACAAGGAUACCAUGUACACUGGGCAGGAGUCAAGUACACAUAUUUCAAAAGUCCGUGGACAUUUCUAUCAUCUUGUGCUGCUUUGUUGCUUAUUCUGCUUACCAUUUUCCAAGCAUUCUUCGCAGGCUACGCCUAUUUUCGCCCUCCAAAGUGAUUACACCUUUGGCUUUGGUUUCGUCUUCAACUUGAACAUGCCUGAAGCUUUCACCCUAUCUUUAAAUUA